AACAAUUCUACACAGAAUUGAAGAGAGAGAGAGAGAAGGGUCUUCUUCCUCCUUUGUCAAUUCUAGGGUUUGAUUCAAUUCCCAUUUGUUCUGAACAGAACUACUGUACCUUUCAAUUCCCUGUCAAACACUUAUAAAUACAACACCUCUCAUUCUAAGUCCAAUUAAGUCCUUCUUAGCUUCUUCUUCAGGCAACGGAUCAAGCUGACAAGCCAAAAAAGAAUGGUAAGAUUGAACUGAGAAAUUAAAGGUGAAGGAGGAGAAGUUGAAGAAAGAAAUGGAGGAAAGUGGGGAGACAGUGUGUUCUAAGACGACGAAUGAUUCGAACAAGUUCGAGGAGGAGGAGGAGGACGAGGAAGAUGAAACCAACGAGUCCCCGAGGAAACAGGCUGUUAAGGAUGGGGGAAGCUCGAGCAACAGCACGGUGGAGGAGAGCGGCGAGAAGAAGGCAUCGUCGGUGAGGCCUUACGUGCGAUCUAAGAUGCCUAGACUCCGGUGGACCCCCGAUCUCCAUCUCCGGUUUGUUCAUGCAGUGGAGAGGCUCGGAGGCCAAGAGAGAGCAACCCCAAAAUUGGUGCUUCAAUUGAUGGACAUUAAAGGACUUAACAUAGCUCAUGUCAAGAGUCAUUUGCAGAUGUAUAGAAGCAAGAAGACCGAAGAUCCAAGCCAAGGGUUUGCAAAUCAUAGGCCUUUCAUGGAAGGAGUAGAUCGGAAUAUCUUCAACUUAAGCCAACUCCCCAUGUUCAAAAUCUUUAAUAAUCAAAGGCUUAAUCCUCCUUUCAGGUAUGGCGACGACUCUUACAGAAAUUGUCAAGAAAAAUGGAUGAAUGGUACACCCAUGGCACAUGGAACAGCCGACAGGGGUAUUUCUUAUGAAGCUUUUUAUGAGAGAUUUAGGAGCAAAAACUAUGAUUUGCCCAGAGAAACUAUUCCUCCAUUCACUGAACGGUCCAACCGGGGAUUACAUGAACUCAAGGAGAAAUUGGGAUCAUUUCUUGAAAACCAAACAUGGCAUCAUCAAUUCGCACCACAAAACCCUAUUCAACACCAACCAAUUCAAGUUCCAGAACCAAAAACAAUGGCUCGCACAGGCAGCUCAGCUGGUUCUUGGGUAACAGAUGGUAGACCAGAACCAAAAACAGAUGGUUUCUGGGUGACAGAUCGUGGGCAAGAACCGAACAGAAACGCCGCGGUGUCAGCGAAACUCAAAAAACAAGAAACCAUGAAAAGGAAGGCCGACCUUGAUCUGAAUCUAUCUCUAGGGAUGAAGUCGGUGAAGGAGAAGAGCAUGGAGGGUUUGGGAGAGGACGAGAGUGGGUUAACGUUGUCACUGUCAUCAUCGUCAUCCUCAAAGCUUAGAAAGUUGAACCAAGAUGACACUAAUAACUUCACAAAAUCUGGGAAAGGAGGGGCAAGUACUCUGGAUCUGACUCUAUGAAUCAGACAGACAUUCUAAGUGAGAUCUUGAGGUACUUGUUUCUCUGGUAAUACUAUAUAGUAACACUUGUUAUUGUUCUUAUCCUAUGCACGCUUAUCCAUUUCAUAAAUCAACAUUAUUAUCUUAUCUUAAUUA